AUGGACAUCUUUGACCUUGAAGGUUGCAAGAAAGUGGGUGUGACAGGGUUCUGCAUGGGUGGGGCUCUAUCUCUGGCAGCUGCAGCAUUGAUUCCUGAAGAGAUUGCAGCAGCACCUCCUUUCUAUGGCAUCCCCAGUGCAAACCUUUGUGAUUUGAGGAAUAUCAAGAUACCUUUGCAAGCUCAUUUUGGGAGUAAGGAUAAUCUUGAGGGGUUCUCUUCACCAAGAGAUGUGAAAGCUUUGACAGAGAAGCUGGAUGCUGGAGGAGUGGAGUAUGAGCUUUAUAUGUAUGACACUGGCCAUGCUUUUACCAACCCUACAAACCCAAAUCACACCAAGGAAAUAUGUGAUUUGGCUCUAGGAAGGAUGAUAGAUUUUAUGAAAAAACACUUGGCAUAA